AUGUCCAAGAUGCGAGCACUCUCCGAGCAAUGCUCACCAGUCGUAUUGCGUGGUUUUAGAGACACCAAGAAAAACCCCGUCUUUGUAUCCAAGGCCAAGGAGAUGGGGACUAUUUUGCCUUGGAAGGAGGGUGAUAUAAUAGUUGUCAAGGAUCAAAUGAAUGAUGCCUCGGACUCCAAUGUUACGACAACGAAUGAGGCGAUGCCCAUGCAUUACGACGGCAUGUUCAAACUUGCGAGAGUCAAGGAUGAACAGGGUCGCGAGACAGUUACCUCCGACCCCCCCUUUCCUUCAAUACUUCGCAACAACCAGGGCUUCACCCUCUUUGCGUCGUCUCAUCUCUUCUCCCGUUACCUCCGAGAUAAGUACCCAAUCGAUGACCUUUGCAAGGUCAGGUGGACUUGCCACAGCGGUGGAUAUUUUGACCACCACGUACCUAGCUUGCCCUUGGUUGUGUCUCAUGUAGUCGACGCCCGGCCCUGUAUCCGCUGGCACGAGCCUUGGCCCAAGACAGAGACCAAGUAUGGCGAUGCUAGCAUCACUAUUGAUAUUGGCGAUCAGGCACUUGUCAGCCUCGUGGACUCACUUCUGUAUGAUAAGCGUGCCAGUCUUCGAUUUUCGUGGGAGGAGGGCGAUGUUAUGGUCAAUAACAAUAUAGAAAUGUUGCAUACAAGGACUGCAUUUGAACGUGGUGCUGCGCGAGAGCUGUGGAGAAUCCAUGUUGGUUAA